AUGAGUGCCGACCUGAAGGCCUUGUUAGAGGCCCAGACCGACAUCCACGGACGAAUGUCUCGCUCCGUGGAUAACCUCCGGAAGAUGGGCGUCACCAACAUCACCGCCGGUGCCGUCCAGGCUCGCCUCACUAUCCUCGACAACCUCUGGGCGAAAUUCGAGGCUCAACACGAGCUGAUACGAGCGGCGCUUAAAGACAGAUACAUGGAGAGUGAGUACGCCAAAAGUGACUUCAUAGAUACCGCGGAAUGUACGUACGUUUCUCAGCGAAGCACGUUGAGCGACUAUGCUGACAGGCUGAGCGCCGAGUCAGUUGUCGCACACAGAAUCGAGCCGAAGUCGGAGUCUUCUCCUAAAACCGCGUUGCCGCGUAUAAAAUUGCCGCCGUUCUCAGGCGCCUAUGAAGACUGGCCUUCCUUCCGGGACCUCUUCUUAUCUCUCGUCGGAGAGAAUCCGUCGGUAUCGAACAUCGAACGCUUCCAUUACCUUCGCUCCUGCGUGAAGGGAUCUGCGGAGAAAUUGAUCCGGUCAUUAACGGUUGCAAGCGACAACUACGACCGCGCGUGGGCGAUCUUGGCAAAACAUUUUGAGAAUAAAAAGGAGCUCAUGCGCUCAAACUUUGCUACCUUUACCGCCGUCGGGAAAAUGAAGUCCGAGUCCGCCGAAGAGCUAAGCCGUGUCUAUCACGCCGUCACGGCCACCGUCAACGCGCAGGAGAGCAUCGGUAGACCCAUCAAUUCCCAUGGGAUGGAUCUCCUCAAUCACUUGGUAAUCGAACUGUUCGAUCCGCGAACGCGCCUCGAGUGGGAAUCCUCCACCAGUGAUUCUCCCAAUCCACCGAGUCACGAGGCACUCACUGACUUCAUAAGCAAAAGGAUUCUUACCUUGAACGCCGCCAAACCUAAGAUCGCCGUGAAGAGUGCUGGGGAAGCCUCUCGGACCGCAAAGACUCACUUCGCGAAAAACGUGCCCAACGCGUCCAAAUGCGCCGCCUGCAAGGGCAAGCACACGCUCAUGCAGUGCCCCGAGUUUAAGUCGAAGUCCGCGAGCGAAAGGAAGUCCUUCGUUGAGGUCAGCGGACUUUGCUUCAAUUGUCUCGGGAACCACAUGACGGUACGUUGUCAAUCUAUUAAAACGUGCUUCACGUGCAAGUCGCGGCACCACACGCUGUUGCACGACGCGUACACGGCACCAACACCACACGAAGCGAGCACUUUCUCCACGACACGCACUUCAAUCGAUAAAAAAGCGACUCUUCUCGCCACCGCGCGCGUCACUCUCACCGACCGCCUGGGACGACCUCAAGACGUGCGAGCUCUGCUCGACCAGGGAUCCGAAGUGUCUCUCGUCUCAGAGGACUUAGCGCAGCGCCUCCGUCUGGCGCGCACCCGCUCCUCGAUGUCCAUAAUUGGAGUCGGAGGAGCCCACUCAGGAUCCACCCGCGGGAGGGUAACACUAGCGCUCAAGUCAAGCGUGACUGGAGCCCCCCUCACCGUAGCUACCUAUGUCCUUCCACGGCUGUCCUCUUACCAGGGGCCAGCGAUCAAGGGCUCCACCACGUGGCCACACAUACACGGCCUCACUCUGGCGGAUCCUCACUAUCUCCAGCGAGAUCCCAUCCACCUUCUCCUCGGCGCCGAUGCCUUCUCCAGCAUUCUCCUUGACGGUCUUCGUAAAGGUCGCAAGGAUCAACCCAUCGCGCAGAGGACCACGUUCGGGUGGAUAUUGUCGGGAGGCUGCGGAGUCGUGACGUCCCAUGGCUCCCGCAGCUCCUUUCAGUGCACCGUAGACCACGACCUGAACGCUCUAGUGCAGAGGUUCUGGGAGCAAGAACAGGAGCAGCCCGCGUCCGUCGUGCUCACCCCAGCCGAAGAGAGAUGCGAGGAGAUCUUCGCUCACACUCAUGAGCGCCUUGCCGACGGAAGGUACAUGGUCCGUCUUCCGCUGGCCCUCUUCCACCUCUCGAGCACACGCGGAAGUCCGCCGAGCGACUUCUCACGGCAAUGGAGCGACGCCGUUUCAGAGACGCCGGCUUCAACCAGCUCUAUGACAGCUUCAUGGAGGAGUACUCGGACCUGCAACACAUGA